AUGGGACAAUCUAUUACCACCCCUCUUAGCCUUACCUUGCAGCAUUGGCGGGAUGUUCAGAAUACAGCAAACAAUCAGUCAGUAAAUAUCCGCAAGAGCAAAUGGACUACCCUCUGCUCAUCAGAGUGGCCAGCCUUCAAUGUUGGCUGGCCAAGAGAUGGAACUUUUGAUCUUAACAUUAUUUUACAGGUCAAGCAUAAGGUGAUGGAUCCUGAUCCACAUGGUCACCCCGACCAAGUGGCCUACAUAAUCACCUGGGAGGCCCUCGUUCAUGAUCCACCUCUGUGGGUCAGGCCCUUUGUUGUUCUCAAACCACCCUCUAUCACCGUCCCCUCUGCUCCUUCUCCCACUCCGAUCGCUGGGCACCCCUCUCAGUCUUCACUCUAUCCAACCCUUGUCAGAUCCAUGCAGAUCCAGAAUGAAAAGAAAAAGCCACCCAAGGUUUUAUCCCCAGGAGAAGACCUCGUGAUGGACCUGCUGGCCGAAGAGCCCCCACCAUAUCGGGGGCCAGGUCAACAACAAGCGGCAGAAGCUGAACCGGAAGAGACCCCAGCCGCCGACCCUGCACCUUCCCCAGUGGCAGGGCGGCUACGAGGGCGCCGAGAACAACCUCCCGAUUCCACUUCCCGUGCCCUCCCCCUGCGGACCGGUCCCAAUGAUCGGCUCCAAUACUGGCCGUUUUCUGCCUCCGAUUUAUACAAUUGGAAACAUAACAAUCCUCCCUUUAGCAAGGACCCCUCUAUGCUAACCUCUUUAAUUGAGUCUAUUCUAGUGACACACCAGCCCACUUGGGAUGAUUGUCAACAGUUACUGCAGAUCUUACUGACGACUGAGGAAAAACAACGGGUUUUUCUGGAGGCCAGGAAAAAUGUUCUAGGAGAUAAUGGCCGCCCCACCCAAUUGCCCAAUGAGAUUGAUGCAGCUUUUCCCUUGGAACGACCUAAUUGGGAUUUCACUACGGAUGAAGGUAGGAACCACCUGCGUCUCUAUCGCCAGUUGCUCAUAGCGGGUCUCCAUGGGGCAGCUUGGCGCCCCACCAAUUUGGCUCAGAUCAAGCAGGUAACACAGGGGCCCGAGGAAGCUCCCUCGGCAUUUCAUGAGCGGCUAAAAGAGGCUUACCGUAUAUACACCCCAUAUAACCCAGAAGAUCCAGGGCAGGCCACCAACGUGGCCAUGUCCUUCAUAUGGCAAUCAGCUCCAGACAUCAGAAAGAAACUUGAAAGGCUUGAUAAUCUCAAAGAGAGCUCUAUUCAGGAUUUACUUAAAGAGGCAGAACACAUUUUUAAUAAACGUGAAACUCAGGAAGAGAGAGAUGAAAGACUUAAAAAGGAAACAGAGGAGCGUGAUGAAAGAAUAAGACGGGAAGCUGAAGAGAGAGAGAAUGUCAGGGAUCGCAGAAGAAACAAAGAAAUAAGUAGACUAUUGGCCGCUGUAGUGUCAGGGCAAAGGCAGGAAGAACAACGGGGGAACCGGAGAGGCCCCCGGGUGGACAGAGAUCAAUGUGCUUAUUGUAAAGAAAAAGGACAUUGGGCGAGAGAUUGCCCUAAAAAGCCCAAGAGGAGGCCAGGACCUCAGACCUCCCUAUUAACUCUAGAAGAUUAGGAAAGUCAGGGCCAGGAGCCCCCCCCUGAGCCCAGGAUAACUCUCAACGUUGGGGGGCAACCUGUCACCUUCCUGGUAGACACCGGGGCACAGCACUCAGUGUUGACCCAUGCGCCGGGACCCUUGAGCGACAGAUCGGCUUGGGUCCAAGGAGCGACCGGAGGGAAAAGAUACCGAUGGACGACAGACCGACGAGUGCAGCUGGCAACCGGUAAAGUGACUCAUUCUUUUCUACAUGUUCCUGAUUGCCCCUAUCCAUUAUUGGGACGGGACUUGCUUACCAAAUUAAAAGCGCAUAUACACUUUGAAAGUGAUAAGAUUCGAAUAACUGACCCAAAGGGAGCGCCUCUUCAGGUCCUCACCCUCCAAUUGGAAGAUGAAUAUAGGCUAUAUGAAAUUCUAGAGCCAAAUAAUACAGAGAUAAGAAAUUUAGAAAUAGAUUCUUGGAUAAAAAGAUUUCCUAUGACUUGGGCUGAAACCGGAGGGAUGGGCCUUGCGCUCCGGCAACCCCCUCUGGUCAUUGAGUUAAAAGCCACCGCAACUCCGGUCUCUAUAAAACAGUACCCGAUGUCCCAAAAAGCCUAUCAGGGUAUCAGACCGCAUAUCAAGAGACUCCUGGAUCAAGGCAUUCUAGUCCCCUGCCGAUCAUCUUGGAAUACCCCGCUUCUUCCAGUAAAGAAGCCGGGAACAGAGGACUAUAGACCUGUACAAGAUUUAAGGGAAGUCAAUAAAAGAGUGGAAGACAUUCAUCCCACUGUGCCUAACCCAUAUAACUUACUUAGUACACUUCCACCUACUCAUAUUUGGUAUACAGUUUUGGAUUUAAAGGAUGCCUUCUUUUGCCUCAGACUUAGUCCCCAAAGCCAAUCUUUGUUUGCUUUCGAAUGGAGGGACCCGGAUUUAGGACUUUCAGGUCAACUGACCUGGACCAGGUUGCCUUAAGGCUUCAAAAAUAGUCCGACAUUAUUUGAUGAGGCUCUCCAUCGGGACCUCGCAGAUUUUAGGGUCCAGAACCCGACUCUGAUACUCUUGCAGUACGUAGAUGAUCUGCUGUUAGCUGCAGCCUCCAGGGAAGCUUGCCAUCAGGGCACCGAGUCCCUGUUACAAACUCUGGGACAAUUAGGCUACAGAGCCUCUGCAAAAAAGGCACAACUCUGCAAAACCCAGGUCACAUACCUAGGAUAUCAGCUGAAGGAUGGACAGAGGUGGCUAACUGCCGCCCGCAAGCAGGCGGUGGCCAACAUUCCUGCCCCAAGGAAUUCUCGUCAACUACGAGAAUUCCUGGGGACCACGGGUUUCUGCAGCCUAUGGAUUCCUGGGUUCGCUGAAAUGGCAGCCCCCCUUUACCUCCUUACAAAGCAGGGAGCAACGUUCAACUGGGGGUCCGAACAGCAACAGGCCUUUGAUGACAUCAAGCAGACUCUCUUGACCUCACCCGCUUUGGGCCUCCCUGAUAUCACGAAGCCCUUUGAAUUAUUUGUGGAUGAAAAGCAGGGCUACGCCAAGGGAGUCCUGACCCAAAGAUUGGGGCCCUGGAGACGACCUGUAGCCUACCUUUCUAAAAAAUUGGACACAGUUGCCUCUGGCUGGCCACCCUGUUUGCGGAUGGUGGCAGCUAUAGCUGUUUUAACUAAGGAUGCUGGCAAGUUAACUUUGGGACAAUCAUUAACCAUUUUGGCGCCUCAUGCAGUUGAGGCCCUAAUCAAACAACCACCAGACCGCUGGCUCUCCAAUGCUCGUAUGACCCAUUAUCAGGCUAUGCUCCUGGACACGGACCGGGUGCGCUUCGGACCAGUUGUUGCCCUAAAUCCAGCAACCCUGCUUCCCCAGCCGGAGAACACAGAGCAACAUGACUGCCUUCAGGUCCUAGCAGAAGUACACGGGACCCGACCAGACCUAACGGAUCAGCCCCUCCAGGACGCGGACUUCACCUGGUAUACGGACGGAAGCAGCUUCAUAGACAAUGGGAAGCGGAGAGCCGGAGCAGCAGUAACCACGGAGACAGAGGUAAUCUGGGCUAAGGCCCUUCCAUCCGGGACUUCGGCUCAGAAGGCAGAACUCAUCGCCUUGACCCAGGCGCUCCAAAUGGCAGAAGGUAAGAAGCUUAACGUUUACACUGACAGCCGUUAUGCUUUCGCCACGGCACAUAUUCACGGAGAAAUAUACCGAAGGCGAGGGCUACUGACUUCGGAGGGCAAAGACAUUAAAAAUAAAUCUGAGAUCUUGGCCUUACUCAAGGCCCUGUUUUUGCCUCGAAAAUUGAGUAUCAUCCAUUGCCUAGGACACCAAAAGGGACACACUCCAGAAGCCCGAGGCAACCGGUUGGCGGAUGCCACAGCCCGGAAAGUAGCCCUUGAAAAUGAGAUCCCUUCUCAGAGCCUUGCCUUAAUAACAGAGGAGGUCCGGUACAUCCCAGAUUGCCCCUUUUCAUACAGCCCUAAAGAUAUAAAACUAUUAAGCAAAUUAGGGGCGCAACAGGAUGCUGAGAAAGGCUAUUGGACUUUCCAUGGCAAACUUGUCAUGCCUCAAAAACAGACUCAUGAAUUAAUUACCGGCCUACAUAAAUUGACUCAUCUCAGUAGUAAAAAAAUGAAGACUCUUUUAGAGAAGGAGGAAAGUCCUUAUUUUCUAUUAGGAAGAAACCAAAGCCUACAAGAUGUAGUGGAUGAAUGUAAAGCUUGUGCACAAGUUAAUGCAGGAAAAACCAAACUAGGACAAGGAACUCGAGUGCGAGGGCAUCGCCCUGGGACUCACUGGGAAAUUGAUUUCACCGAAGUAAAGCCUGGGCAAUAUGGUUAUAAAUAUCUUCUAGUAUUUGUGGAUACCUUCUCAGGAUGGGUAGAGGCUUUCCCCACUAAACAUGAGACUGCGAACGUCGUGACCAAGAAACUGCUAGAAGAAAUCUUUCCAAGGUAUGGUCUGCCACAGGUAUUAGGAACAGAUAAUGGACCUGCUUUUGUUUCUCAGAUAAGUCAAUCAGUGUCUAAGUUACUGGGGAUUGAUUGGAAAUUACAUUGUGCUUACCGACCCCAGAGCUCAGGACAGGUAGAACGAAUGAAUAGAACCAUCAAGGAGACUUUGACCAAAUUCACGCUUGCAACUGGCUCUAGGGACUGGGUGCUCCUCCUUCCAGUAGCCCUUUACCGGGUUAGAAAUACUCCAGGACUACAUGGCCUUACUCCUUUUGAGAUUUUAUAUGGAGCACCUCCUUCACCCUUUAGUCUUUUUAGUUCAAAUUUAAUUCCUUAUUUUGCUAAUAAUCCUUCCUUGGAAGCUCAUUUACAGGCUCUACAGAUUGUACAAAAAGAGAUCUGGAAGCCCCUUGCAGCCGCCUACCAAGAGCAGACGACCGGACCGGUGGUACCUCAUUCCUUCCAGAUAGGAGACUCUGUGUGGGUCCGCAGACAUCAGACUAAGAACCUGGAACCUCGGUGGAAAGGCCCUUACACCGUCCUCCUGACCACCCCAACAGCGCUCAAGGUAGACGGCAUCGCCGCCUGGAUCCACGCCUCCCACGUCAAGGCCGCCCACUCCUCUGAAGAAGAGCCCGACACAGCCUCAUCAUGGAGAGUCCAGCGCACUCAAAAUCCUCUAAAGAUAAGACUUACCCGUGGAGAUCCCUAA